AAAGAGAGGUGUUCCAGGUUCCCGGCAGGGUCUGCCUGAAUUUCAUACUGAAAUCACUGUUCUUUCCAAGAUUCGCCACCACCAUCUUGUUUCACUAGUAGGUUAUUGCGAAGAACAGUCUGAGAUGAUACUUGUUUAUGAGUAUAUGGAGAAGGGACCUCUUAAGAGGCAUUUGUAUGGUCCAGGAAUAACACCCUUAUCUUGGAAGCAAAGGCUUGAGAUAUGCAUUGGUGCAGCAAGAGGCCUCCACUAUCUUCAUACAGGUUUUGCUCAAGGAAUCAUCCAUCGCGACAUCAAGUCAACAAACAUCCUGCUUGAUGAAAAUUAUGUUGCUAAGGUUGCUGAUUUUGGUCUCUCAAGGACAGGCCCAUGUCUCAAUGAGACCCAUGUCAGCACUGGUGUAAAAGGAAGUUUCGGCUACCUUGAUCCGGAAUAUUUUCGGAGGCAGCAGCUUACAGAUAAGUCAGAUGUUUACUCAUUUGGAGUUGUUCUUUUCGAAGUCUUAUGUGCUAGACCUGCCAUUGAUCCUCUGCUUUCACGGGAGCAAGUGAAUUUGGCCGAAUGGGCUAUGCAGUGGCAGAAGGACGGACAACUAGAGCAGAUUGUUGAUCCCCGUAUCAGAGGUCAGAUAAAGCUAAGCUGUUUGAAGAAGUUCGGGGAGACUGCAGAGAAAUGUUUGGCUGAUUAUGGUAUCGAUAGGCCAACAAUGGGUGACGUGCUGUGGAACUUGGAAUAUGCAUUCCAGCUUCAAGAAUCUGAUUCACUUACAGAACCCCAUGAGGUUUCUAAUUCCAUCUCUCCACGGCUGCCACUGCCAGAGGGUCUCCGCAACACCCAAAAUGAGGCAUAUACUGGUGAUGGGGCUUCAGAAAUAUCAACAAGCCAGGUAUUUUCACAAUUGAUGACCAAUGAAGGCAGAUAACUAGUCUACAGUAUAGUGCACCGUCAAAUCUUCGCUCAACAGUUUAGAGGCAUCACUGUUGAUUUUGGUUUACAUUAGCAUUUUCUUAUUAAAAGUUUUCGUAAUUGGCAGAGCCAUCAUUUGCUUUUUGAACCGAGAUUCAUGUAGAAUAUACUGCAAAAGUGUAUCAUACAAUAAUCUGUCCUAUGAUGUAAUCCUUGUCAUGCUCGUGCUCCUUGGAAGAGAAACAUAGGGCUUGAAUGAUGAACAUCUAAAAUUGUGUAUAAGCAGAAAUUUGAUUGCGUAUCAAUCCAUCAAUAUCUGUUGAUGCUGCC